CUCCCCAUCAAGGUAUAUAAAUACAGUUUUCUUUGCCGAGCUUUGUGCUAAUCGAAAGAUAAUUUCUGAGGUGCACAAGAAUUCUGUAUUCGACGGUGCCGGAAAGACCAUUGAUUUUCGGGCAAGCAAGAUCAAGCAGUGCACAUGGUACCGAUGGGUGUUGUCACUCCUGCUGGUUCACAGCCAACACGACCAUUCCCUGGCAAUCCAGCUCAGCUCAGUGCUCAGGAGCAGCUUAUGUACGAGCAGUCGCAGGAGUAUCAGCUGCAGCUCCAGCAGCAGCGCCAGAGGCAGCUCCAGCAGUUCUGGGCCGAGCAACGGUCAGAGAUGGAGCAGGCGACUGACAUCAAGAACCACCCCCUGCCACUCACUAGGAUAAGGAAGAUCAUGAAGGCCGACGAGGAUGUCCGCAUGAUCUCGGCAGAGGCUCCGGCGCUCUUCGCGAAAGCAUGCGAGAUGUUCACACUGGAGAUGACGAUGAGGUCAUGGAUGGUUACAAAGGAGGACAAGCGCCGGAUCCUGCAGAGGAGUGACGUCGCCGCUGCUGUGGCUAGGACUGACAUUUACGACUUCUUGCUGGAUUUAUUUGCCAGUGAAGAGACGAAGCAAGGGUUCUUGCUUCCUAUGGCCGGGCAGGGGCAGCAGCCCAUGGGGGCUCAAGCUGGUGCAUACCCGUACUACUAUGCGCCGGAGCAGCAGGUGGCAGGUGCGUCGAUGGUGUAUGGUGGCCCGUCGACCUAUGUGUGGCAAGAGCCUCAGGUACAAGAGCAGGGCCAUCCGUCCGGCACCUACGUGUGGCAAGAGCCUCCGCAACAGCAAGAGGGGCCCUGAAGCUGUCGCCAGAUUCAGAGUCCUCGUUUCAGCCUGGACAUUUAAAGAAAAAACUUUGGAUCUCGCGUUAGCUUUCAUAAUAUGAUCGUUAUUCGUCGGUUGAAACAGGAGGUUUCUGAUCAGCAGAAACUUAGGAGGUCCUCCUGGAAGGUUGGUUGCUGUUGUCGUGGUGUCGUUUCAGAAGUACUAUGAGUUUAUGAUUUGAGACUAAUUGGUCGAAUUUUACCAUUCCAAACCCAAAAGAUUGCCUCCGGUGAUGCCUUCUUUUUAUUUCUAUCUAUUUAUGAUAUGUUUGCGUGUGGCAAUACCAUGAAUUUGUGAUUUGAGACUAAGUGGUCAAAUUUUA